AUGUCCUAUCUUCGACCUGGGCGGCGCGUGCGCAUACAGUGGGAGAGGGGUGGUACCUGGCAGGAUCGGAUCUUGCUAUGCGAGUGCCAGAGUUCGGAAUGCGAGGCCGAGCUGGAGCUGACCCCGAGCAAGGCGGAGAUCCUCGGCCGCCGCGUGUUGUACGCGCUCUCACCGGACCUGGAUGUGUAUCCCCAUAUCCUGUUGGAGACUCAGCUCGUCGGCUUCGUGGCUCUGACGAACGACGGGACGCCGAUCUCGGAGUCGGGGUGUGGGAAACGGUGGAGGGCGGCGAGUGCGGCAUACGGCGCCGACUGGGAGCCGACCGCGCUCGAGGUCUGCGAGGCACUGGAGGCGGUGAGGCCAGGGUGUCUGUCGCUGCAAGGCGACGAGAAGCCAUCCAGGCGCUUGGGGGGGAAGGUGUCUUCGAGGUCGACUCCACCGGCAGCAGCAGCAACUAGCGUGGUGGAGGAGCUCUACCCAGGUUUGUUGGUGGGGGCAGGUGCGCUGCCCGACGUCAGCGGACAUAGCUGGUUUGCCCUGUCGGCGGAUGACGCAUCUCAGCUUCGCCAGGCGGUGAGAUCCAGAGACUUCGACGGCUACCUGAUCGUGGACAAAGUCGGCAUCGCGACCAAGGGGACCGAGUGUCUGCUGGUGAAGGCUGUGGACCCCGCCGCUCCAGGCCCCGAGUUCGAAUCGGACGCGCGGGUGCUGGGCGUCGGGGCGCGGGCCGACGGCAGCCGACAUCGUCACUUCACGGAGGCCGCGCUCCAGGUCACUACCACGGAGUGGCCCGAGUGGCCCAUCAUGGGUGCAAGGACGGCGUCCUGGUGCCUGGAGUUUCUGGCGCGCCAGGACCAGUACCCACGCGCGCGGCACGCCGAGUGGGUGCGCGAGUGCCGGCUGGAGGCCGCAGACGAGGGCGUCGGGGACCAUGGCCUCGCGAAGAGGAUGGCGGAGCUGGGCCUCAGCUUCGACCAGCUGAACCUCGGGGAGCUGGCCUCAUUCGAGCUCUUGAUGAGGAAGGCCCAGAUGGCCGAGUGGCGCCAUCGCGAUCGCCUCGCAGCUGUCCAAGGUGACGACCUGAUGGAGGAGAGCUACCUCAAUCUCGGCACUGGAGAGACGCGUGGCUUGGUGAUGGUGGCGCCGGCUUUGGUCGAUCAUAUCAAUCAGGAGAUGCGUCGUGAGGCGCAGAUCCUCAAGGGGCGCCGCAAGGCCAAGGGGGAGAGGGAAGGGCCAGGCGGCUGGCCGCGGGGCCGGCCGGGGCCAAUGACGCGGCCUCAUGGGCUCGCGCCCCGCGAGCUGCUGCCCCUGACCGGCUUCGCGGCGGCGCGAAGUGCCGACGGCCCCGCUGGGCUGUCGAGAUCGGUGCGCUCGAGAGUGCGCCGUCGCCUGCACGUCGCGAACUGGAUCGCCGACGCGGCCGAGAGCUUGAACGCCAUGUGCGGUCACGGUGGCGCCCGAGAUCAUUUUUCUGUUUCAGCUGGGCAGCAACGCAGCCUGGAAUACGCGCAAUCAAUCAUCGAGCAGGCGGGCCCGCCUCCUUGCUCACCCGCGGCAGCCCGUGCGGAGCUGCGCGGCCGUCGGCCGGGCUGCGACGCCGAGCCCGAGCAUCCAGCCCAGUGCCAGAGGGAGAUUCUCUCCCUGCCGGGGCCAGGCGCGCGCUGCGAUCCCAGUGACGUCAUGUGCUGCCUCGAGCACGAUCAGUGGGUGCAUUGGGAGAGACAUUUGUCGCGCCGAACGCCUGCGCCAGACUGCGACAUCAAGCUGCACAACGAUCGCAACCUCAUGGCGGACAGGCGGUGCUAUACGCAGUUCAUCCUGGACCUGUACACCUCCGGCCUCAUCAGAGUCGGGGCUAAGCGCAGUGCCGCGGUGGGUGUGUUUUGCGUUUGGAAGAGCGGGCGGCAGCGCCUCCGGCUCAUCUUCGACGCGCGUCGAGUUAAUGCACGUUCUCACGAGCCUGAUCAUUCUCAGUUGCCCAGUGCAGCAGCUUGGGCCGCGCUGCGCACAGAGCCGACUUCUUCUUUGCACAUGGCCCAGGCUGAUGUGGACAAUGCUUUCUACCGUGUGAAGCUCCCUGACAAGAUGGACGAACAUUUCUCGUUGCCCAGUGUGCAUCUGGGUACGCUCCGACAGCUGGCUGAUGAGGCGGGGGUUGACAUGGGCCUGCCCGAGGCCCGCUUCGGCUCGCCACUCUUGCAGGUGCUGCCGAUGGGGUGGUCGUGGAGCCUCUACUCCUGCCAGAGGCUGCUGGAUACCGCCGUGCUGCGGUCGGAGAUUGACGCCGGACCGCUGAUCAAGGGCCUGCAUGCUCCUCUCCAGGUUCGCACCAGCUCGACUCAACCUGGCGUGUGCGUCGACAACGUGUGCAUCGUCGGCGGCGACGGCGACCGCUGUGUAGCCGACUGUAGCGCUGUCGUCGGGAAGCCGGAGGAGGUCGGCCUGAAGUGCAAGGGCGUGAUGGAGCCCGAGGACCUGCAGACCUUCACGGGCAUCACCUUCGAGAGGCGGCCUCUCCCCAGUAUUUUUCCACGGACCUACGUCUUCGCCCGGGUUGCUGGGCGCCGCCGGCUGCGGCUGUGGGGCCGCGUGGAACUCGAGCUGCCGCAGGCGGCUGCGCUGUUGGUCUUCGCCCUCUCCGACUCGAAGAAGCCCGGCGGCGCCUUCGUCUGCGCCUCCGACGCCUCCAGGGGGCAAGCUGGCUUGGAAGGCGGCUGCGGCGUGGCGGGCCAGACAUGGGCCAACGAGCUCGUGGGGCACACCGCGGCGUCGGCCGAGGCUUGGCGAUUUUCAGUGCUGGGCGCCAUCGGAGCCAGGGAGUGCGCGCUGGGCUUCGGCCCGGUCGAGGGGACCAAGGUCGGCCGGCGCCGGGCGCGCGCCGGCUCCACCAGCUUCGAGGGCGUCGGACGGGCCGCGAUCAGAGACUUCAGUGACUGGGGGGUCCUCUUCCAUGGCUCAGGCUUCAUCGCGCGCUGGGCGCCCGCGCUGGCCCCCGGCGUGCUGCGCAUCUCGGAGGUGCGUCAGACGGCCCCAGCGGUCACCGAGCCCUGUGGCGGGACGUUGGCGCGCUCGUGCGGAGGCGCCACUGCCGCGGCGGCCCGACCUCGGAGCCGCAGCCCGCCAGCCCCAGCAGUCCUGGCGCGGCCGGGCUCGGGGGCGCUCCCCGUGGCGACCCCUGCCCGCUCGGUGGGCUCGCGGGCCUCUUCAGCGGGCCGGGCGGUGGCGGCGCGGACUCCGGCAGCUCCUCGACUUCGAGUUCCGAAGUCCUCAGCGAUGAGCAGUCCGAGGCCGCCGCCAGCGAGGGCCGAGGCGCUCCGCCUGGCCGUUGUGAAGGCCUGCCGGUCAGCCCACCGCGGCGCGAGCGAGCGAGCCCGGGCCGAGUGGCUCACGGUCCUGCAGAGCCUGAAGGUCGGCAGCGCGUCGCGGGUCUAUUUCCAGACGGAGUACCUGUACCUCGAUUUCCUCUUCUGGGAGGGCCACAACCACCACAAGGGGGACAAGGCCUUCGCGGCGCUGAAGCACUACAACCCUGGGUUGGGGCUGAGUUCGGCGGCGGCGCUGGCGCGGGCCACUGCCGGGCUUCGGGGCUUUCGCAAGCUGGCGAGGGUCUCGACGCGGGCCCCCGUGGCGAGGGGGCUGCUGUUCGCGGCUGUAGGCAUCGCUCUGCGCCGAGGUUGGCGCAGCUUCGCCGUCGCCCUGGCCCUCAGCUGGGGCGCGAUGGUUCGGCUGCCGAGCGAGCUCGUGCAGAUGACGCGCGCGACCUUGGUCGCGCCCGCGCCUCGAUCGGGCCGUGCUGCGUGGGGCCUCCUGCUGUUCCCAGAGGAGCUCAACGAGGUCAGCAAGACCCUGGGCUGCGACGAGGGCGUCGUCUUGUCGGACGAGAUGUCCGCUGCGCUCGGGCCCGAGCUGGCCGGGCUGUCUCGCGCGCGCGCGGGCCGCCAGCCGCCCUGGGACUUCGACGCGACGGGCUUCAACUCCAAGUUCGCGGCGGUGUUCGACCAGCUGGGCCACCAG